AUGUCCUUUGAAUAUUUUCAGGAACUUGCUGAUGAUUAUGAAAAUUUACUUAAAACUGAUGAAGAAUAUAACGUUAUUAUCUACGCCGGUGAAAAUAAAAAUGUAGAAGAAAUACAUUCACAUUCAAUUAUUUUAUGUAUCAGGUCUCAAUAUUUUCGUACGGCUUUUUCUAAAGAAUUGACCAAGAAAAAGGAUGGAAAAUAUAUUUUUAAUUUUCCUAACAUUUCUCCUCAAUUUUUUAAAAUUAUUUUAAGGUUUAUUUAUUGUGGAAAGAUAGAUUUGGAGAAAUUGCCGGGACCAGAUAUUCUAAAGCUUUUGGCGACAGCGGAUGAACUUAAAAUCCAAAGACUAGUGAUUUGUAUUCAGGAAUAUUUUAUUAAACAUCAACAUGAAUUUUUACAACAAAAUCCUACCGAAAUUCUUGAAACAAUCUAUUUACAUGAAACUUUUACAGAUUUAUGGAAUUAUUGUCUUGAAGUAAUUUGUACUAAACCAGAUUUAUUAUUUAAAUCUGAUAAAUUCAUCAAUUUAAAAGCACCUUUAUUAGAAUUACUUUUAAAAAGAGAUGAUUUGUCAUUGGAUGAAAUUAUUAUAUGGAAUAGCUUGAUUAAGUGGUGUUUUUCUCAGCAUCCUACUAUUCAACAAGAUGUUAAUAAAUGGAAUAAAGAAGAAAUUGUAAUUAUGGAAAGAACCAUUCAUAGAUUUAUUCCGUUAAUAAGAUUUUAUCAAAUCCCCUCAGCAGAUUUUGUUACUAAAGUAUAUCCUUUUAAAGAAAUAUUGCCAAAGGAUAUAGUUAAUAGUAUACUUGUAUUUCACAUGGCACCAGAUGAGAAAUUGAAUGUGGAUUUACAAUCUCCCAGGAAACCAAAAUGUGUUUAUGAUUCUGUUAUCGUUGGUAACAAACAUUUUGCUAUUUUUUCUAGCUGGAUUGAAAAGAAAAAUGAGUCAUACUAUGAUGUAAAGAAUGUUCCUUAUAAUUUCAAUUUACUUUAUCGUGCUAGUAGGGAUGGUAAUACAAUUGCGACAUUUCAUGCUAAAUGUGAUAAUAAAGGAGCUACUAUAGUUAUAGUAAAGAUUGCAAAUUCGGAGCAAAUAGUUGGAGGAUACAAUCUUCUUUAUGGGGAUUCAAAUAGUGCAUGGAAGUCUACAAGAGAUAGCUUUAUUUUCUCAUUUGCAAAUAAAGAUAACCUACAAAGCGCAAAAGUAGGAUAUAGUAAUGGUGAUGAGUUUUCUAUCUAUGGUGGGAAUAUUAACUAUGGUCCGUUGUUUGGUAGUGGAAAUGAUUUAGGUUUGUCUGUUAACAAUGGAUGGUAUAGGAGUUAUAGCAGUUCUUAUCCUGAUGUAGGUAUACCGUUAAAUAAAUUUAAAACGGAUGAUUAUGAAGUUUUUCUAGUUGUUAAGAAAUAA